CGGUGUUACUGGUGAAAUUCCGUCACGGUAGUCAAUAGGUUCUUCAAUAUCUAUGCUAACGAUGAUGUAAUCCUUCCACAGGUUGAGGAGGGUUGGAGCACACAGACAAAAUGGUGACCAUUCCAGAGUACUAUGAGGGGAAGAAUGUGCUUAUCACAGGGGCAACAGGCUUCAUGGGAAAGGUCCUGCUGGAGAAGCUGCUGCGGUCUUGCCCUGGAAUCAAAGCCGUGUACGUUCUGGUCCGGCACAAAUCGGGGCACGCUCCCCAGGUCCGCAUCGCAGACAUGAUCAACUGCAAGGUGAGCAGAGCUGGUGAAGGGUAAAGGUCUAAUGGGGCUAGCCAAAAGGGAAUGUUUUUAGUGGGGCUAGCCAAAAGGGGAUCUCUUUAGGCUGUGUGGGGUGAUGGAUCAUAAGUUCUUGACUGGUUGUUACUGGAGACAUAGUAGUUCCAGAGCCCACACUCUCCAUAAUGUAUUUAUAAUUGGGCCAUGACAGACCAUGAUGUUUUAAUGUCACACGCACAAGUACAGUGAAAUGCCUUUCUUGCAAGCUCUAAACCCAACAAUGCAGUAAUCAAUAACAAUGUAACACUAAAAAUAACAAGGUAGAAGAAAAACACACAAAGUUCAAAAUAAAGUAAGUAAGCAUACUAUAUACAGGGUCAGUUCCAGUACCAUAUCUACAAUGUGCAGGGAUACUGGAGUGGUAGUUAGAUAUGUAUAGGGGUAAGGUGAAUAGGCAUCAGGAUAUAUGAUAAACAGAGUAGCAGCAGCGUAUAUGAUGGUUGUAUGUGAGUGGGUGUGUGUGCGUGUGUAGUCAGUAUAAAUGUUUGUACAUAUGUGUGUGUGAGCAAAUAAUGGAGGGAGUGUUUGUGUGUAUUGACGUGUCAGUGUGUGUAGGACCCUGUGAGUGUGCAUAGAGAGUGCUAAAAUAAGAAUAACAUACUAAGGUCAACUCAGUCCAUGUAGCCAUUUUGUUAGCUAUUUAGCAGUCUUAUGGCAUGGGAAUAUAAGUUGUUCAGUAGCCUCUUGGUGUCAGACUUGAUGCACCGGUACCGCAUGCCGUGCGGAAGUGGAGAGAACAGUCUAUGGCUUGGGUGGUUGGAGUCUUAAACGAUUUUCCGGGCCUUCCUUUCACACCGCCUGAUAUGGAGGUCCUGGAUGGCAGGGAGCUUGGCCCCAGUGACGUAGUCUUACUAAAGGGAUUGCUUUCUUGGAGUGCUUUCAAACCAAAACGCAUCACUCCACCAACACAUUGCUGUCAUGAAAAAACAUUGAGUAGGCUAAUUUUGAUACACUUAUUGGCAGUGAAAGUAGCUUGAUGGAGUAUUAUAUUUUUUUACCAACUCUAAUGCAACUGUAUUUGUAUUUAAGCUUUUUGACAGGGUACGAGAUGAGCAGCCAGACUUUGCUGAAAAGAUAGUGGCUGUUAACAGUGACCUCACCCUGCCAGAGCUGGACCUGAGCAAAGAGGACCAGGAAACACUUGCUGACUGCAUCAACGUAGUCUUCCACUGUGCUGCAACCAUCCGAUUCAACGAGCCUCUCAAGUGAGCCAUUGUUUCUCUUCUAAUGCUGCUCCCCAGAGCUUUGCUGGACAAUUCUGCAAGUUCAGAUUUUUCUACAGAGUGAUCUUGUCACUUGCUUCGCCUGCAGAUGAAAGACUCACUUCCUUUUAAUACUUAAAGUGUAGGUUAUCGUUCUAGAAUUAUUACUAACCAUUCUUGUGUACCUGACUGUUGGUUUUUAAUAUUUUCAUUUUCUGUGAUAAAUAAGUGUUGUGACAUUUUCUUCCUUCUCAGAGAUGCUAUGCAGCUCAAUGUUCUAGCCACCCAGAAGAUGGUGGCUCUGGCCCACAGAAUGAAGCACUUGGAGGUGUUCCUUCAUGUGUCCACAGCCUACGCCAACUGUGACCGGACACUCAUUGAGGAAGUGGUUUAUCCACCUCCUGUUGACUACAAGAAGCUCAUCGACAGCCUGGAGUGAGUCCCAAAAAUUUGACUUGUUUUGCAUAACACUUCCCAUUGCAGACUUGUUACCCUGAAGUUAUUUGCAGAUUGAUAGAAACUGAAGCCAUUUGGGAUUAUUAAAAUGAAUGUCAAUAAUACUACAUACCAAGAGAUUAUAGUAAUUUACAGAUUGCCAUGUUUGACUAAGAGGAAAUGGAAAUCAUAGAUUAGUUGUUUGUAGUGGCUAAUUCAUAAGCUUGGUAUUCCUCAAGUGGGUCUCUAUCACUGCAUGGACUGAAACUUUGUGCCAAAACAGGGAGGGUUUCUGAAUGAAACGUGAUGCAGUUUGGUUACUGAUUGAAUGGCACUCAUUUGAACGGCACUAAUUUGUGAACUAUUUAAUAAGGACAUUUGCUUUACUCUAAAUGUUAGGUGGGACUUCUGACUUCUAUUGAAGGUGGCGCAAUAUGUCACCCAUGGACAAAACGGUCACCAGUUGUGUAAAAGUUUCCGUUCAAGUAGUAAUGUUUCCACCCCUAUGGAUUACAAAAGGGAUGUGAGAAUCUCUUCAGAGAUUUACAUGUGGGUGGGGCAAUUUAAAGAAAGUUAAUCUUUGAAAUGUGUGUUUGGUCAUGGUCAGAUAAAAAAAUUGAGCAAUAUAACUGACCUUUUGUGUGGAUAUGUCUUCCAGGGUUUUUUCUACAUAAAGUGUGUGUAUACAGUUGAAGUGGGAAGUUUACAUACACUUAGGUUGGAGUCAUUAUAACUCGUUUUUUCAACCGCUCCACAAAUUUCUUGUUAACAAACUAUAGUUUUUGCAAGUCGGUUAGGACAUCUACUUUGUGCAUGACACAAGUAAUUUUUCCAACAAUUGUUUACAGACAGAUUAUUUCACUUAUAAUUCACUGUAUCACAAUUCCAGUGGGUCAGAAGUUUACAUACACUAAGUUGACUGUGCCUUUAAACAGCUUGGAAAAUUCUGGAAAAUUCUGUCAUGGCUUUAGAAGCUUCUGAUAGGCUAACUGACAUCAUUUGGGUCAAUUGGAGGUGUACCUGUGGAUGUAUUUCAAGGCCUUCCUUCAAACUCAGUGCCUCUUUGCUUGACAUCAUGGGAAAAUCAAAUGAAAUCAGCCAAGACCUCAGAAAAAAGAUUUUAGACCUCCACAUGUCUGGUUCAUCCUUGGGAGUAAUUUCCAAACGCCUGAAGGUACCACGUUCAUCUGUACAAACAAUAGUACGCAAGUAUAAACACCAUGGGACCACGCAGCCGUCAUACCGCUCAGGAAGGAGACGAGUUCUGUCUCCUAGAGAUGAACGUACUUUGGUGCGAAAAGUGCAAAUCAAUCCCAGAACAACAGCAAAGGACCUUGUGAAGAUGCUGGAGGAAACAGGUACAAAAGUAUCUAUAUCCACAGUAAAACGAGUCCUAUAUCGACAUUACCUGAAAGGCCGCUCAGCAAGGAAGAAGCCACUGCUCCAACACCGCCAUAAAAAGCCAUACUACGGUUUGCAACUGCACAUGGGGACAAAGAUCGUACUUUUUGGAGAAAUGUCCUCUAGUCUGAUGAAACAAAAAUAGAACUGUUUGGCCAUUAUGACCAUCGUUAUGUUUGGAGGAAAAAGGGGGUCGCUUGCAAGCCGAAGAACACCAUCCCAACCGUGAAGCACGGGGGUGGCAGCAUCAUGCUGUGGGGGUGCUUUGCUGCAGGAGGGACUGGUGCACUUCACAAAAUAGAUGGCAUCAUGAGGAAGGAAAAUUAUGUGGAUAUAUUGAAGCAACCUCUCAAGACAUCAGUCAGGAAGUUAAAGCUUGGUCGCAAAUGGGUCUUCCAAAUGGACAAUGACCCCAAGCAUACUUCCAAAGUUGUGGCAAAAUGGCUUAAGAACAACAAAGUCAAGGUAUUGGAAUGGCCAUCACAAAGCCCUGACCUCUAUCCUAUAGAAAAUGUGUGGGCAGUACUGAAAAAGCGUGUGCAAGCAAGAAGGCCUACAAACCUGACUCCGUUACACCAGCUCUGUCAGGAGGAAUGGGCCAAAAUUCACCCAACUUAUUGUGGGAAGCUUGUGGAAGGCUACCCGAAACAUUUGACCCAAGUUAAACAAUUUAAAGGCAAUGCUACCAAAUACUAAUUGAGUGUAUGUAAACUUCUGACCCACUGGGAAUGUGAUGAAAGAAAUAAAAGCUGACAUAAAUCAUUCUCUCUACUAUUAUUCUGACAUUUCACAUUCUUAAAAUAAAGUGGUGUUCCUAACUGACCUAAGACAGGUAAUUUUUACUAGGAUUAAAUGUCAGGAAUUGUGAAAAGCUGAGUUUAAAUGUAUUUGGCUAAGGUGUAUGUAAACUUCCAACUUCAACUGUAUAUACAGUUCUCUCAACUAGCUUCACCUGGAAUGCUUUUCCAACAGUCUUGAAGGAGUUCCCACAUAUGCUUAGCACUUGUUGGCUGCUUUUCCGGCCAACAGGAGAGGGUCUCUAAAAUUGUUGGUCAGCGACUGCACCAUUGGCCACAACCACCACCUAAGCUCAAUUGUUAUCCAGAAAAAAACCCUGUCUUCAAUAUAUUUUCACGUUGGCUAGGUGGAUGGAUGAGAAGCUGGUCUCAGCGAUGACCCCAGGGCUGAUUGGAAAAAGGCCCAACACGUACACUUACACCAAGGCCAUGGCUGAGUACCUGGUCCAGCAGGAGUGUGGAAACCUCAACGUGGCCAUCAUCAGGCCCUCUAUAGUAGGGGCCAGUUGGAAAGAGCCCUUCCCAGUGAGUCUUCUCAUGUACUGAGCAGGCUAUCUUCUAAACGAUAGCUACUGUAACUGACCAUAGUAAAUAAACUCUGUAUGCUGGUCAUAACAUGUUUUUUCACUCUUCUUAGGGCUGGAUUGAUAAUUUCAAUGGACCUAGUGGAAUAUUCAUUGCAGUAAGUACUUUUAAAAAAGUGAGCUGUGUUCUCUUCUCUAUGUAAAAAGGUCAGAGAUCGGACUAAUGUGAUCAUGACCAGGUCAACAUUGUGGCUACUCAUUAUAACCUGAGAUACCACUUUCCUAUGACCUGGUAAUGAACCUGACACUUCUCUGCCCUAUAUAGGCAGGAAAGGGGAUCCUGCGCACCAUGAGAGCGUCCAACAACGCGGUGGCUGACCUGGUGCCUGUGGAUGUGGUCAUCAAUACCACACUGGCUGCCGCCUGGUACUCCGGCUCCCAGAGACACACCAGGUCAGUCUCGCACACACAUACUGCAGCUGCCCUCUAUGGAGCUGGACGAAUGAUAAUGUGAUUAUUCUUCCGGUUUCUAUUUUGUCCCGUUUUUGUCUUUGCAGGCCUAAGAGCAUAUUGGUGUACAAUUGCACGACGGGUGGCAUCAACCCGUUCCACUGGGGUGAAGUUGGUAUGAAACGCUUCUCCUAUCUUAUCCAAAUAUACUCAGGCUGUAUUUGUUCUCUAACAAAGCAGAAUGAUAAAUUAUGAUUAUCAGUUAUGCUUUUGAGGGCACACCCACUCUUAUAACUGUGUGAGCAGGUUUUGGUUUACUCACACCCUCAUUGGGGAGUUAGUUAACUCCAUGGAUUUGUGUUUAGUGUACAUAUUCUCUGAAUGCUUGCCAUCUGAGAAAGAUCAACAUUGUGCCAUGCUUAAAGGAAAUGGGUGAAACUAUAUAACGUGACUGAUAUGCUUGAAUGAAAAUGAAAAAGUGUUCCAGUCGUAGAUCAAUAUUUGUUUAGUAGACUGAAGAUGGAUUGGUAUUUUCAUAGUGCCAUUUGUGUAGUUCCCUUUAAGAUGCUAACCUGGUGCGUUUGUUGUAGUAAAUGUCAAACGUUUUAUUAGUCAAUAUAUUUGCUACUCAUUUACCAUAGAUUUGAAAUAUUUCAGGUGAAAUCACUUUGUUUUUUAACACUGCUUUUCUCCAUUCAUUAGGCUUACUUUGAAGUUUAGAUUUGUGGUGUUUUGUAAUCUCCCUAGACUCCUGCAAUAACUUGUACGGUUAAAAAUAAUAAUAGUUCAAAAGCACUUCAAAGAUAUUUUGUCUAAACCAAACGUCUGGCUUUGUUGCUGCUUUGUUGUACGCUUGCUGCUUAGAUCUUUCUUUCUACUUUGGAGAAAUUAGUUGUUGUGCCAACAAUUCACCCUGUUGAACCCCCUACCUUUUCUCUUAGAGUACCAUGUAAUAUCCACUUUCAAGAGGAACCCCCUCGAGCAGGCCUUCAGACGGCCCAAUGUAAAUCUCACAACCAAUCACCUUAUCAAUCAGUACUGGAUCGCUGUAAGCCACAAGGCACCAGCCUUCCUAUAUGAUCUCUGCCUCAGGAUGACAGGAAGAGAGCCCAGGUAAAUGACGCCCCACUCGGUCACACCCCUCUCCCCCCGCGUCUCGCUCAGUGUAGCCCAAUGUGUACUGUACCUGUGAUGUGAUGCUUCUGUCCAGUGUCAUGGGGGUAAGGGUGCAUAAGCCACCCAUAUACCAUUAGGGCUGGGUUCUGCACUCUUACCCCUCUCUGUGUUACCUCGACAUGUUCUGGCAUUGAAUGUCCUUGUUAAAGGGGUCCUCCCUUCUGUGAUGUCAUAUUCUCUCUGCAGAGUACUGUAUAAACAUGACCUUCAAGACCAACCCCUUAGAGCAGGCUUUCAGGCGCCCCAAUGUUAACCUGCGGUCCAACCCCUUUACCAAUCAGUACUGGACCACAGUGAGUCACACUCUGCCCGCCCUGCUGUAUGACGUGUAUCUCAGGGCCACGGGUCAGAAGCCCCGGUAAGGUCUACUACAGUGCCCAUGCCCUCUCCCCUCCACCACUGGGUGCUGGUUGUGUGGCAUGGUGGGUGGGGAGGAAGCAACGCCUGGCUGUUUGCUCGACUUCAUGGCAUCGGACUCGGCUGGCUGCUGACAGGCUACUGUGUCAUCAUGACAAGCAUGGGUUCCUGUCCAAAGCAUGCUUCAAUAAUGUUUGAGUUUUCAUUUUAUUUUGUCGCCCUUUUUGUUUGACCCUUUUUGCCUGUUACUGCAUUUGUACUUUUUGAUGCAGUUGAACUAUUUGGCUUUGGAAGUCAUUUUUUUUUAUUAUUGUGGAAUUACCUCCCUUUUUUAUUUUUGUCGCCAUUUUUGUUUUUCUGAGCCAUGCCGUUAAGUCAGUGUUUCCCAAACUAGGGGUCGUGAGAGAAACUGAAAUAAAAAAAUGGUGCUUGGUUCAUAGAACCUGAGCUUACUGACGGUAGCAGCUAGAUGCGGUUGUAAUAAACAGAUCGGUUUCUGUUUUCUUCUUACAAAUGUGGCUCUCUUUUUUGAAAGAUUUAAGCUACUAAAUAUAAUGACCCCAUCACUGAAAGAUAAGACUCUCUGUUUCCCUCUACAAUGCCCACAAGCCCUGCAUGACUCAUUAGAAGAGUUGACAAGGCACUAAAUCAGACUGGGGGAAAAGGACAUUAUCGAUUAUGUUCUUUUCUACACAGAAGAUCAUACAAAGUUAUUGCCUGAUGAUCUUCUGAACUACCCAAUACCUUUCUGAUGCAUUUCAGUCACUUCAAACCAUACUUCCUUCAGAUUUAAGUACUGUCAGACCGAUUUGUAAUAGACUAUCAUAGCCCCAAUUUAAUAAAGUAAACAUUAGCCUUUGAUUACAUCACUUUUCUUUACAUGGUGGGGUUGCAGAUUUUUCUUUAAAUAUCAAAAUGGGGUCACAGGCCAAAAAAGUUUGAGAACCCCUGCAUUAAGUCUUCUGAAGUGACCUGGGAUUCAUCUGUCCUCAUCCUUGUCCUCAACUCUUCAAUAAUCUCUCCAAAUGAGAGGCACCAGGGAACUAGUUGUCCUUUAUUAAUUGGCCCAUCAACCCUUCUAUUCCUGGUAGUCCUAUUCCUGGGCUUCAUGAAGCACAAUGUGGGCAGAAUGGAAUGCACUGGCAGUAAUUGAUGCGCUCAGAGCCAAUGGAAACUUGAAUUAAAAUGUAUCAACAAGUUAUUGAGUAGGCCUACUCACAAGCCCCACCUUUUUAUGCAUUUCAUUAAGCAUCCAGACCAUGGUUCAGUCUAACCAAGUUUUUGUUACCUGAUAUUUACAGUAUUGGUCCACACAAAUGUACUAUAAACCAGAAACAUUUCAGCAAUGAUGAACAUUUGGUAACACUUCUCAAUUAGCACAAAUUUAACAUUGUUGGCUGUCUGAAAUGCAUUUGGUUUAGUAUUCAACAUAUUCUAAGGGUGAAGUGAAUAGAUGGGUUUCUCACCCACUGAAAAACUAAUACCUUAAUGUUUGACUUUCUAAAUGGUCCACCAGGCAUGUUUUGUCACCUUCCUCUUGGAGCACGAUGUAUCAUGGAGGGAAUCUGAGCUCUGAUUACAAGCAUGGUUGCUUUUGACGCAAUUUGGCAUAGCCAUUAAUCCUCAAACAAGUUUGUUCAUGAAACUUUCAACUACAAUUAGUACAUGUUGUCUUAAUGACAACAAUGUAAUUAGUGCAAGUUUUAAAACCUUAAGCUACUGGCAGAGUCAGACAUGCUCAGAUGCCCUCAAAGAUUGGACAAGCCCUCCAUUACAUUGUGUUCAACAUACAGUGCAUUCUGAAAGUAUUCAGACCCCUUGACUUUUUCCACAUUUUGUUACGUACAUCCUUAGUCUAAAAUUGAUUUUUUUUAUAUCAGUCUACACACUAUCCCAAAAGGACAAAGCAAAAACAGGUUUUUAGAAAAAAAAUAAACGGAUAUAACAUUUACAAGCACCUUUGGCAGCUACUACAUCCUCGAGUGUUCCGGGCUCUGGCUGGGCCACAUCUUGAACAUUCAGAGACUUGUCCCGAAGCCACUCCUGUGUGUUGCGGCUGUGUGCUUAGGAUCAUUGUCCUGUUGGAAGGUGAACCUUCGCCCCAGUCUGAGGUCCUGAGCUCUCUGGAGCAGGUUUUCAUCAAGGAUCUCUCUGUACUUUGCUCCGUUCAUCUUUCCCUCGAUCCUGACUAGUCUCCCAGUCCCUGCCGCUGAAAAACAUCCCCACAGCCUGAUGCUGCCACCCCCAUGCUUCACCUUAGGAAUGGUGGCAGGUUUCUUCCGGAUGUGACGCUUGGAAUUCAGGCCAAAGAGUUCAAUCUUGGUUUCAUCAGACCAGAGAAUCUUGUUUCUCAUGGUCUGAGAGUCCUUUUAGGUGUCUUUUGGCAAACCAACCGGGCUGUCAUGUGCCUUUUACUGAAGAGUGGCUUCCGUCUGGCCACUAUCAUAAAGGCCUGAUUGGUUUUGCAAACAUUACUUAAAAACCUGUUUUCGCUUUGUCAUUAUGGGGUAUUGUGUGUAGAUUGUAUUUAAUACAUUUUAGAAGAAGGCUGUAACGUAACAAAGUGGAAAAAGUCAAUGGGUCUGAAUACUUUCCAAAUGCACUGAAUGUGUCAACCCAACAAUACUCAACCCAAUGGAGACUGGUAUGAGUUAGUGUAAAUUGGCUUAUAAUACUAGUAUGCUUAUACUCUUACCGGUGUUCUAUUAAUCUAUUAUAGAUUGUGCUGGAUUUAUGCAGGUCUUCCAUUUUAAAGCUGUGAAGAAGUGUGCAAGGGUCAGAUGUUUGAAAAUCGACGUUUCAUCUGUAGCGAUGACAUACCCUAAACUUUUUAUUUUGGUAACGAAUUGGCUUACAGAGGUCUUUACCUUGUACAAAAAUACUUAGAAGAAUUAAUUCUCACCCAUUGUUCCAUCUUGGCCUUUGUCUGCUUAACAGACCUCAAUCCCCCUGAUCUGUCCCUCUCCAUGUCAUAAACUGAAUCCAGUUGGCUGAGGUUAGUUAUUAAAGCUCAGUGCCCUUAAGGGAAAAGACGGCACUGUGCUGUCAGCUCUGUGCCAGCUCCCCUUCUACCUCCUUAAUACCUGUCUCUUCCCUGUUGCAAUGGCGCCCACCACUCCACGGCAGGAUGAUGAAGACCAUCACACGGCUGCACAAGGCCAUGAUGGUGCUGGAGUACUUCACCAGUCACUCGUGGGUGUGGAACACGGACAACGUCACCAUGCUAAUGAACCAGAUGGGCACUGAUGACAAGAGGGUACGCUUUACACCCACCCACCAGUCACUGGCACACACACAAACACUUGUAGGACGCACACACAUACUUGUAGGACACACGCAUACAUACUUGUGUAGGACACACACUGGUAGGGUGGCAGACACAGAAAUGCUAUUGAACGAAUGGAGUAUGUUUGCAUUUGUAGUCCGAGCACAAUUGAAUAAUUCAGCUUGGGUUUGAAUGGAGUCAUUGUGUUGGAUAAUCAGGGCCUGGCUGAAAUGUACAGUGAAUAUACACUGUGGACAGAUGGUGAGUCACGUGGCCGUGGCUUGCUAUAUAAAGCAGGCAGACGGGCAUUGAGGCAUUCAGUUACCAUUUAGAAUGGGCAAAACGAGUGACCUAAGCGACUUUGAGCGUGGUAUGAUCAUCAGUACCAGGCGCGCCGGUUCCAGUAUCUCAGAAACAGGUGUCUAGGGUUUACCAAGAAUGGUGCGACAAACAAAAAAACAUCCAGUCAGCGGCAGUCCUGUGGGCGAAAACAGCUUGUUGAUAAGAGGUUGAAGGAGAAUGACAAGAAUCGUGCAAGCUAAGAGGAAGAGUACAACAGUGGUGUGCAGAAAGGCAUCUCGGAACGCACAACUCGUUGGUCCUUGUCACGGCUGGGCUAUUGCAGCAGAUGACCACACCGGGUUCCACUCCUAUCAGCUAAAAACAAGAAGAAGCAGCUCUAGUAGGCACGCUAUCACCAACACUGGAAAAUUGAAUAGAGGAAUACAUCGCCUGGUCCAACGAAUCCCAGUUCCUGUUGCGUCAUGAUGAUGGCAGAGUCAGGAUUUGGCGUAAACAGCAUGAGUCCAUGGCCCGAUCUUGCCUGGUGUCAACGGUACAGGCUGGUGGUGUAAUGGUGUGGCAAAUGUUUUCCUGGGACACGUUAGGUCCCUUGAUACCAAUUUGAGCAAUGUUUCCAUGCCCUGACAAAUUCAGGCUGUUCUGGUGGCAAAGGGGGGUCUGACCCGGUACUAGAUGGGUGUACCUAAUAAACUGGCCACUGAGUGUACGUUGGUCCAACACACACCAAAUGUAACACUUUUCAUAUUGUACUUUUUAGUAAAAUCUUCCUCGAUACAACAAACUUGCUUAGUGCCUAUCCUUACACUAUGAAUCCCCUUUGUUUGUUUGUCCAGAUGUUCAACUUUGACGUGCGACAACUCAACUGGGCAGAGUACAUGGAGAACUAUUGCAUGGGGACAAAGAAGUAUGUCCUGAACGAGGCUGAGUCAGGCCUGCCAGCCGCACGUAAACACCUCAACAAGUAAGAGAAGUGUCUCUACCUGCACAUGUUACGUAACAUAACUAUCCUCUUAUUGACAAUGCCCAAGUGAUCUUGAAUAUUUCAUUGUAAUGGCUUUGACUUCAUGCUAUUUUUCGUUCUUUGAUGCACAUGCUAGUGUUGCGCGGGUCAGCUGUUUGUUCACCCGCACCCACCCGCAAAUGGUAAUAACCUAUCCGCAACUGCCUGACUGUGUGUUAAAGUGAAAAUCUGAGGCCUGGACCCGACCAUAACUCGCAAAUAUAGAAAAUAACUAUAGGCUGCAGUCGGUUUGUUAGUCAACUUGUCUAUAACUAUACUGAACAAAAAUAUAAACGCAACAUGCAACAACUUCAAAGAUUUUACUGAGUUAGUUAAUACAAGGAAAUCAAUCAAUUGAAAUAAAUUCAUUAGGCCCUAAUCUAUGGAUUUCACAUGACUGGACAGGGGCGCAGCCAUGGGUGGACCUGGGAGGGCAUAGGCCCACCCACUAGAGAGCCAGGCCCAGCCAAUCAGAACGACUUUUUCCCCACAACAGGGCUUUAUUACAGACAGAAAUACUCAGUUACAUCAGCUGUCCUGGUGGCUAUUCUCAGACAAUCCUGCAGGUGAAUAAGCCGGAUGUGGAGUUCCUGGGCUGGCGUGGUUACACGUGGUCUGUGGUUGUGAGGCCGGUUGGGCGUAAUGCCGUAUUGUCUAAAACGACAGUUUAUGGUAGAGAAAUUAACAUCCAAUUCUCUGGCAACAGCUCUGGUGGACAUUCCUGCAGUGUUGUGUGACAAACCUGCACAUUUUAGAGUGGCCUUUUAUUGUCCCCAGCAAAAGGUGCGCCUGUGUAAUGAUCAAGCUGUUUAAUCAGCUUCUUGAUAUGCCACACCUGUCAGGUGGAUGGAUUAUCUUGGCAAAGGAGAAAUGCUCACUAACAGGGAUGUAAACAAAUUUGUGUGUGUAUGGAAACUUUCUUGGAUCUUUUAUUUCAGCUCAUGAAACAUGGGACCAACACUUUACAUGUUGCGUUUAUAUUUUUGUUCAGUAUAGAUACAUGCAGGUUUUCUUCUGUGAUAUGUUGCCCUCAGACUAAAUGAACCCUUGCUCAACCAAAAUAACGUCAUCAAUUCUAGAAUGAAUGCUUCAAUCUAGUUGACAUCGAUAACGUUUUCUCUGUCAUCUCUGCUUCUUUCACGGAACAAAGACGUGGACCGGGGAGAAAAUGCAAUUACUAUAAAUAUUUUCUGUGCAAAAUGUCCAAAUGACAUCAGUUUGACCAGUUGUAAGGAAAUAGAAAGCUGUGAGAACGACCCAACGUGUUUCUGAUAAGAUUUUAGUUUGGCUGGGAUGCAUAUUUUACGUGGUUGAAAUACUAUCAGCUUUUAUGAUGCUGAUAAAGACAGUACCUCUACAGACGGUCCCUAGCUGCGCAUUCGCAUUCUCUCAAGAUGCUGAGAGAAACCAUAUUUCUCCACUCCUGUUCCCGAGUCAAAAUGUACAUUUUGGUGUAUCAUUUUACUGCAAGAAAUGCUUAAUUCUGCAGGAGUUAAUAUUAAGACUGAGAGGUCUGUCCAUUUUACCCAUCUGAACAGUAGGCUACAGUUCCCUUGACGUGCCAUAGGCCUAUUUGAAGUCCCUGUCUUGUUACUGUCAAAUUUGUAUAUCGCCUCGCAAUCAUCACACAACAUAGGCACUGCUAUCAUCCUCUUUAACCAAUUCACCAAAUCUUUCCCAAACAUUACUUUUUCAACCCUCUUCUUUAUUUCCUCUCCAUUUCGCAGCUCUUCUCUUAUUGUAAUUAACUCUGACAUUGUACUUUUUGCCUCAGUGGAUCGAUGUUAAGUUUUUCUGCCGUUCCCAAAAGCGAUUGGCGUGUAGGCUAUUUGGCGGGUGUAAAGUUACGCCCAAAAGCUUAGGUUUACGCACUAAUGCCAGAUAGCCUAAAAAUAAUGAAAGCAAAACCUCAAUGUAGCCUAUAGAUAUAAAUUGCACAAUAAUUAUACGUUUAUGGAUUUUUCUUUUAAUGUAUUGUUUUCUCUUUAUUCCCUGGUAUACUCUGUUCUUCUAAAUGUGCUCGUUGCUCACAAUAUUCAAAGGGUAAAGUUAUAUUUAAAUGUCCUAUUCCUCCCAUUGUAUUCCAGCAGAUACAUUUUCUUAGCUAGUGGAUGUAUCUACUAAUCUCCUGAGAAUGCAUGUGAAUGCCUCUUCACAUGCAAGCUACCCAGGACAUGUCAUUGUAUUUCUUCAGUUACCUCUUCAUAAAAAAGUUAAAAUAAAUGUGUCAUCCUUUUGUGUGUUUCAGGUUGAGGAACAUCCGCUACACGUUCAACACGGUCCUGGUCGUGUUCAUCUGGCGCGUGUUCAUUGCGCGGUCCCAGAUGGGCAGGAACAUCUGGUACUUUGUGGUCAGCCUCUGCUUCAAGUUCCUGUCCUACUUCCGAGCAUCCAGCACCAUGAAAUACUGAGGCCACGUGGUGUGGUCACCUUGAACCCAUCCACCCUCCUCAACUCAGAAUCCCCAGUCCAGUCCACCCUCUCUCCCUCCUGCCGGCCCGCCUGCAGACAGCUAUGCAUUGGACAAGGCUCUUCAAACCCUGGGACUAUUUUGAGUCACUCAAAGGGAGCCUUAAGGAUUUUGGCAAUGAAGCCCUGUAUCUACUUCCCCAGAGU